AUGUCGGACUUUGAGAGUAGCGGAGACAGCGACGAAACGGGGACGAUGAUGAUGGUGCACGAGGAAGUGGACCAGAUGCAGCUUCAGCUCAACAAUGGGGAUAACGAGGAGCUCGAGGAGUUCCAGAAGCUGUUGCAAUCGAUGAUCGAUUCACGGGGGGAUUCCUUGGACGAGGAGGACGCCGAGAACGAGGAUGUCAGUCUGGUUAAAAUGUCCGCAGAUGCAAACUCGAUGAUGGAGUCGACGGGCGACUGUCGGCUGGAGUACCUCGGCGCUAUCGUCCAGAAGUCCUUGAAACUGAAACCCGAAAAAUGGGGCAGGCUGCUGCUGACCGAGGAUCACCGCAACGCCGUCCUCGACUUUCUGGACAACCCCGUCCCAGCGGCGAUUUUGUUCGUUCUGACACCAAACGUCCAGCUCGUGCCUUCCUGCGGCUUCCCCAUCCCCUGCCCGAGAACCAAAGGCGUGUACGCGAUAAAAAUGCAAAUCGCAGUGGUGCCCAAGGACAGGGAUGCUUGCGCCGCGAUGCUCAUAACGGGGGAUCUCUCGCACCGAGUGGUCGACGAGCUGGCCACCAUAGUCGACAACAUAUUCGCGCCGCUCCUCUGUAAGCCCCAGAACCACAGGGGCCUGCCCAAGGUCGCGGUCCGGGACAUAGCGCGACACGUGCACUCGCUGCGCGGUACCCUGUACCAAGUGAAGGGUCAGGUGAACGGGAGGACGGUCCUGCCGAUGCCCGCCGGGCUCGAGAAGGUCGCCGAGGUCGAGCGAGCCGUCAGCCUCGAGGGACCUCAAGCGGUCGACCUCUACCUCAAGAGCGCCAUCGAGGGUGUCGUCAUCAAGUGGGCCUACCUCGUCAACGAGGUCGUCACCCACGACUCGAGCGCCGCCUUCGACAAUGGCCAGAACCCGACGCCCUACUCCGAGCUCGAGUACUGGUCGGCCCGGCUGGCCAAUCUGAGGUACAUCUACGACCAGCUGCGGGAGGACCGAGUCAGGAGGAUGGCCGUCAUUCUGGAGAAGACCGACAGCGCGUACUACCCGUGUUUCAAGACGCUCUUCACUAACGUGGUGUCCUCGCUGGCCGAGACCAGGGAGAUAUCUCUGUACUUGGCGCCGCUCGCGAGGUGCUUCAAGGCCGUCGAGGAGACAGAUUUCGCCGAGGUGAAGCCGAUCAUGGCCACGCUGCUCCACUCGCUCGGUCUGGCCUGGGCGAGCACCAAGUACUACCAGAACUCGACCAAGCUCAUCAUCAUUCUUCGCCAGAUAUGCAACCUCCUCAUCCAGGAGGCACGCCGAUUUCUCGAUCCCACCCUCAUUUUUCAGAGCGACGUCGACGAGGCGCUCCUGCAAGUCCAGUGCUCGAAAGAUGUUUUGGAAGAGUUCAAGAGGCAGUUUGAUCUGCAAAAGGACAAGCCCGGCCUCAAGGAGGACGUCCCGGCGUGGACUUUCAGUCCCAACGCGGUCUUCGGGCGGCUCAACGCCUUUCUGAAGCGCCUGGCCGACAUUCAGUGGCUCUUCGACACGGUGCUCGAGUUCUCCAAGCUGGAAAAGAUCGAGAUCGGCGGGAUCGUCGGCAGAUCGCUGAGCUCGCGGAUCGUCACCGUCUAUAAAGAGUUCCAGCAUCUGUUCGCGGCCUUCUCGACCCGCGCCACCGACGUCCUGGAGCCGGACGACGAGACCUUCGUGCAGGACUGCCGGAAAUUCAACGAAUCCAUCAACGACCUCGACAACAAGCUGGCGGCCAUACUCUGCCAAGCGUUCGACAAUUGCGAGAAUUUGGAGAGCACCUUCAAGCUGCUCAACAUAGCGGGGAGUAUGUUGGACAGGCCGGUAAUCAGCAAGCAGUUUACCAAUCGCUACUUUCGCAUUCUCGAGCUGCUCGACCGGGAAUUCACCACCAUCGAGGUUCUCUUCGACCGCGGCGUUUGUGACACCAUGAACAGCCUGCCUCCGCUUGCCGGUGUCUUGCAGUUCCUCGGUAUGCUCAAACAGCGCGCCGACACACCGGUACAGGCCUUCAAAUCCCUGCAGCAUCCGAUCGUAGAAAGCGAAGAGGCAAAGGGCAUUCUGAAGCGGUUCGAUAAACUGGUCGAGUCCAUCGACGAGAAGCAAAAGGUCUUGUUCGUGGAGUGGUCGAAAACCGUACCGGAUCUGAUAUCGGUUUGCUUGAACAAGACCCUGCUAAAGAGAGACCAAGUUUCGAUGCUGUCGUUGACUUUCGACCCAGAGCUGUACGCUGUUUUGAAAGAAGUCAAAUACUUGAAGCAAACAUUUGGCGACGACAUACCGAAGGAAGCUCUCCAAGUGGCGGAGUUGUCGGAAACGUUCCGGAAGUUCAGGACAAUGUUGAGCGGAACGAUCAAUUUUUACAACGAAAUUCGCCGAACCUGCCGCAAGGUGGAAUUCAAUUUAAUCGAAGAGGAAAUAUCCCGGAUAGAUUCGCUGUUUCAAAAGGGACAGAAAGAGUUGCGCUGGAAUUCGGACGGUUUGCUGGAAUACAUGACGGAGCUGGGAGGUUUGGUGGAGAGCUUGUACAAGCGGGUCAAACUGGCGCAAACUAACGUGGAAAGCGUGAGGAAUAUCCUACAGCCGUGGACAAAGACACCUUUGAUAGGACGAAAAGAGAAUCGCAAGGAUACCCUGUUGUCCCUGGAGGAGCGCAAGGACAAGGUUGGGAAGCGGUACGGCGAGAUUCAGCGGGCUGCCGAUCAAAUUCUCCAGCUGUUGAAGGAAAACAAAAAAUUAUUCGAGAUACAGGACGAGAACAUUGACGCGUGGCAAAGUUACGUCAGUUACGUCGACAAAAUUGUCAUAGAGUCACUUCGUAAGGCUGUUGGCUGCUCGCUAAGUUAUUUGGUUGAGAAUAUGGACCAGUCAAACCAGAACGAGCCGCUAUUGGAGGCUCGAUUGGAGCUGAGGGAGCCCGAUCUCUAUUUUGUUCCAUCCUUGGAACCAGACGAUCCUGACGGCUUGGAUCAGUUGAUCGCCAAUUUACUGAAUGACAUCAUUGGCAUGGGAAACCUCGUGCCAAGACUGAAGACUCAGGUAGAAGGGUACAUGGAGGAGCUGGAGAAGGACGAGGACAUAAGCGCCAUGAAAAGCGAAAUUCUUUCAAGUCUAAGCAAAGCUAUCGAAGAAGCCACUGAUUUUUGUGGUAUUUUCGAAGAUUACGCUUAUUUAUGGUUAGAGGACAGAGACGUGAUUAUGCGACAGUUUUUAGAUUACAGUCAACAGUUGUCGGCCGAAGAGGUAGAAAUGAUAGCCGCUCUUGAUCCCAAAGCUCCGAAAAAGUGUCCACCUAAAAUGGAACAGUUUCGGGAGCAAAUUGACAUAUACGAAAACCUUUACACGGAAGUCGAGGAAAUGAGCGCAUUGAAGAUUUUUUGUAAUUGGUUCUCCGUCGACUUGAGGCCAUUUCGACAAUCCCUUCUCAACACAAUUUGCAAGUGGUCAAGCAUGUUCAAAAAACAUUUGGUGGAACGGGUUACGACUAGUCUAUCGGAUCUCAGUAAAUUUAUCAGAUGUGCCGAUGAAGGUUUACUGCAGCAAAUACAACCCGGAGAUUAUACUGGUCUAGUGAGUGUGAUGGGCUUUUUACUGCAAGUCAAGGAGCGCCAGCCUAUCACGGAUGAAAUGUUUCAACCGCUUCAAGAAACAAUAGAACUGUUGAAAUUUUACGACCAAGACAUUCCGGAAGAAGUCAACGUGCUCUUACAAGAACUGCCUGACCAGUGGACAAACACCAAGAAAAUAGCGUUAACUGUGAAACAACAAGUGGCUCCGCUUCAAGCAGGAGAAGUAUCAAGGAUACGCGGGCGUAUAUCUGCAUUUGACACAACAAUAAUUCAGUACCGAGAGGCAUUUAGACGCUACGAAUUUUUCAAAUAUGAGUGCGUGGAUCCUUACGUUCAGCUUGACGAGGCUCACAAGGAGAUAGCUAUGCUGGAAAGGCAAAUGCGCGAUAUACAGGAGUCAGCCUCGUUAUUCGAAUUACUUGUUCCGGAGUUCAAACAAGUCAAGCAAUGCAGAAAAGAGUCAAAGAUGCUGAAGCAGUUGUGGGAUUAUGUCAACGUUGUCAGGAGUAGUAUCGAAGGUUGGAAAACAACUCCAUGGCGGAAAAUUGACGUGGAAAACAUGGAUAUAGAGUGCAAGAAAUUCGCCAAAGAAAUUCGGGGGUUGGAUAAAGAAAUGAGGCCUUGGACUAUUUAUACGUCGCUUGAAGCGACGGUUAAGAAUAUGCUUACUUCUUUGAGAGCAGUCGGAGAACUUCAAAAUCCUGCGAUUCGUGAGAGGCAUUGGUUACAGUUGAUGAAAAGUACAAAGGUCCGUUUUGUGAUGAACGACUCCACCACAUUAGCCGAUUUGUUGGAGUUAAACUUACACGACUGUGAAGAAGAAGUGAAAAAUAUAGUUGACAAGGCUGUUAAGGAAAUGUCAAUGGAAAAAUACCUUCGCGAAUUGAACGUCACGUGGUCGAAGAUGGAAUUCGAAAAAGAACUGCAUCUUCGAACGGGAGCAAUAUUAUUGAGAGCUAGCGAAGAGCUGAUCGAAACUUUAGAAGAAAAUCAGGUUCAACUGCAAAAUCUAAUUACUUCGAAGUUCAUCGCUCAUUUUUUGGAAGAAGUCUCCGGUUGGCAAAAAAAACUAAGUAUUGCCGACCAAGUAACUACGGUAUGGUUUGAGGUUCAGCGCACUUGGAUGCAUCUAGAGAGUAUUUUUAUGUCUUCCGAAGAUAUAAGGAAGCAACUGCCUGUAGAUUCCGAAAGAUUCGAUCGCAUCGAUCAACAAUUCAAAGAAAUGACCCACGAAAUGUCAAAAACUCCAAACGUGGUGGAAGCGACGAACAAAGAUGGCCUCGUCAACACUUUGGAUGUACUCCAAAAAGAAUUGAUACUAUGCGAAAAAGCGUUAGCAGAGUAUUUAGAGACAAAAAGAUUGGCUUUCCCAAGAUUUUAUUUUGUUUCAUCCAGUGAUUUGUUAGAUAUUCUUUCAAACGGUAACCAGCCAACGAGCGUAACGAAACAUUUGAUUAAGCUGUUUGAUUCAAUGGCACGAUUGGAGUUUGAUGGCAGUAGUAAAGAUGCAAAAUCAGAACGAGUCACAGGUAUGCAUGCCAAAGAUGGAGAAUACGUUGAAUUUGUUAAUUGUGAGAUGUUUUGCGACGGAGCCGUGGAGGUUUGGCUCAAUCGACUGCAAAAUGCAAUGCGCGUGUCCAUCCGGUAUUAUUUCAGCGAAGCCGUCACGGCUUACGAGGAAAAGCCACGGGAACAGUGGCUGCUAGAUUAUCCUGCUCAAGUGUCUCUAUGCGGCACUCAAAUUUGGUGGACUACCGAACUCAAUCUAGCAUUUUCGAGGUUCGAGGAGGGGUACGACAAUGCUCUGAAGGAUUACCUGAAGAAGCAAAUAAAUCAGUUGAGUACGCUUAUAUCUUUAUUACUCGGGGAACUCACCAAACAGGAACGUCAAAAAGUUAUGACGAUCUGUACGAUCGAUGUGCAUUCGAGAGAUGUCGUGGCUAAACUCGUUCAAGCAAAAGUGGAAACUGCUCAAGCGUUUCAGUGGCAAAGUCAAUUGAGGCACAGGUGGGAUGACAAAGACAAACAUUGUUAUGCAAAUAUUUGCGACGCUCAAUUUAGAUAUUCAUACGAAUACUUAGGUAACACGCCGAGAUUGGUCAUUACACCGUUGACAGAUCGGUGUUACAUAACGUUAACUCAAUCUCUUCAUUUGGUCAUGGGAGGCGGACCAGCCGGGCCCGCGGGAACCGGAAAAACUGAAACAACGAAAGAUCUUGGAAGAGCACUUGGUAUAAUGGUUUAUGUUUUUAACUGUUCCGAGCAAAUGGACUACAAAUCGUGCGGAAAUAUUUACAAAGGACUCGCUCAGACUGGAGCUUGGGGGUGUUUUGACGAAUUCAACAGAAUAUCCGUCGAAGUUCUUUCUGUUGUUGCGGUGCAAGUUAAAUCCGUUCAAGAUGCUAUCAAGGAUAAAAAAGAGGUGUUCAAUUUUAUGGGAGAAAUGAUAGCUUUGACAACUAGCGUUGGAAUUUUUAUCACCAUGAAUCCAGGUUACGCGGGACGAACUGAGCUGCCUGAAAAUUUGAAAGCUUUGUUUCGACCCUGUGCCAUGGUUGUACCAGAUUUCGAAUUGAUUUGUGAAAUCAUGUUAGUGGCAGAAGGUUUUCAAGAAGCCCGUAUACUUGCUCGAAAGUUCAUAACUUUGUACACACUUUGCAAAGAAUUGUUAUCAAAGCAAGAUCACUAUGACUGGGGCUUGAGGGCUAUCAAGUCCGUUUUAGUAGUGGCUGGAAGCUUGAAGCGAGGGGAUCCUGGCAGACCAGAGGAAGAAGUACUUAUGCGUGCACUGCGUGAUUUCAACAUUCCCAAGGUAGUUUCGGACGAUCUACCAGUAUUUAUGGGCUUAAUCGCCGAUCUUUUUCCCGCUCUCGAUGUACCCAGAAAGAGGGAUGUUGAAUUUGAAAAAACCGUAAAAACAGCUGCUACGGAUCUCUUGCUUCAACCAGAAGAUGGGUUCAUUCUCAAAGUCGUCCAGCUCGAAGAACUACUGGAAGUGCGGCAUUCUGUGUUUAUUGUGGGUUCCGCUGGAUCCGGCAAAACUCAAGUUUGGAAAACACUUUUUAAAACAUAUCAAAACAUCAAGAGAAAACCAAUCUACAAUGAUCUCAAUCCAAAAGCAGUAACCAACGAUGAACUUUUUGGUGUUAUAAAUCCAGCAACUCGGGAAUGGAAGGAUGGUUUGUUCUCAGUCAUAAUGAGAGAGCAAGCUAAUCUAGCCGGAGAAAAUCCAAAGUGGAUAGUUUUGGAUGGCGAUAUCGACCCGAUGUGGAUUGAAUCGUUAAACACUGUGAUGGAUGAUAAUAAAAUAUUGACUCUUGCAAGCAACGAAAGAAUCGCCCUGACACCUUCGAUGAGGUUGCUUUUUGAAAUUUCUAAUUUGCGCACGGCAACGCCAGCAACAGUUUCUAGGGCAGGUAUUUUGUACAUAAAUCCCCAAGAUUUGGGAUGGAAUCCGUAUGUGACCAGCUGGAUCGAAACUAGAACAUCGCCACAAGAAAAAUCAAAUUUGGUGAUUCUUUUUGACAAAUACAUACCAGUGUGUUUGGACACACUGCGUACGAGGUUUAAAAAAAUCACACCGAUCGCCGACAUGGCACACAUUGAAAUGCUCUGUCAUCUUUUAAGUUGCUUAUUAAAUCCAGAUCUAACUGCAAACGACUUCACGAAAGAUCAUUACGAGCUUUACUUUGUUUUUGCUGCGAUUUGGGCUUUUGGCUCUGCCAUGUUUCAGGACCAAACUCUUGAUCACAGGGUCGAAUUUCACAAGUGGUGGGUCAAUGAAUUCAAACAAAUCAAAUUUCCUGCUCAAGGAACGGUUUUUGAUUAUUACAUAGAUUCGGAAACGAAAAAUUUCGUCCCAUGGACAGAGCGUCUACCGAAAUUUGAACUCGAUCCAGAUUUACCUGUGCAAGCUGUUUUAGUUUACACGGCAGAGUCAAUACGAAUUCGAUACUUUUUGGAUUUGUUGAUGGCGGAAAAACAUCCUGUUAUGCUGGUGGGACCAGCAGGUUGCGGAAAAACUAUUUUAAUGACGGAAAAACUCUUGCAACUAUCGGAAAAUUACGCCGUAGCUAACGUGCCAUUCAAUUUCUAUACGACAUCCGAGAUGUUGCAGAAAAUCUUGGAAAAACCAUUGGAAAAGAAAGCAGGGCGAAACUACGGCCCUCCCGGAAAUAAGACAUUGAUUUAUUUUAUAGACGACAUGAAUAUGCCGGAAGUCGAUACAUACGGAACGGUACAACCGCAUACGUUGAUUAGACAAUAUUUAGACUAUAACCACUGGUACGAUAGAAACAAAUUGACGCUGAAGGAUAUCCAUAAUUGCCAGUAUGUAAGUUGCAUGAAUCCAACAGCUGGAUCAUUCACGAUCAAUCCAAGACUUCAAAGACAUUUUGCAGUGUUUGCUAUUAAUUUUCCCAAUACUGAUUCGUUAACUACUAUAUACGCCUCGAUACUUUCUCAACACUUGGCUAACAUCGAACACAGAUUCCCACUAUGCGUGACCGAACUUUGUGGUAACAUUGUGCAAGCUUCUUUGCAGUUACACCAUCGAUGCGCACAAAUUUUCCUUCCCACAGCCACCAAGUUUCAUUAUAUUUUCAAUCUACGAGAUCUUUCCAACUGUUUUCAAGGGCUUUUAUUUAGCGGCAACGAGUGCCUUCAAGUUCCCAUUGAUUUCGUGAGGUUGUGGAUGCACGAGACUCACCGAGUUUACGGCGAUAAGCUCACAGAUGACAAAGAUAUAGAAAGUUUUGGUAAGCUUCAACUCGACGUGUUGAAAAAAAAUGUCGAGGAAAUCGACGAAAGCGCUCUUUUCGAAAAACCAAAUAUUUAUUGUCACUUUGCAGGUGGUGUUGGGGAGCCAAAAUACAUGCCGAUAAAAGAUUGGGCCACUUUAAACCGUUUACUGACAGAAGCGCUCGUCAGCUACAACGACUUGGUUUCGGCGAUGAACCUCGUUCUCUUCGAAGACGCCAUGAUGCACGUGUGCAGGAUUAAUAGGAUCCUCGAAUCCCCCCGAGGAAGCGCACUUCUAGUGGGCGUAGGGGGCUCCGGGAAACAAAGUUUAUCGCGUCUAGCAGCCUUCAUAAGCUCCCUGGAGGUUUUUCAAAUUCAGUUGCGCAAGGGCUACGGCAUAUUGGAUCUAAAGUUAGAACUCGCUGCUCUGUACUCCAAGGCAGGACUGAAGAACUUGGGGAUCAUGUUCCUCAUGACGGAUGCACAAGUACCCAAUGAACACUUCUUAGUACUUAUCAAUGAUAUGCUUGCAUCGGGCGAAAUACCCGACCUUCUCCCCGAAGACGAAGUAGAAAACAUCAUUGCAGGUGUUCGCAACGAGGUCAAGGGUGCAGGGAUUCUGGAUACGCGGGAAAAUUGCUGGAAAUUUUUCAUCGAUAGAGUACGUCGACAACUGAGAGUGGUCCUUUGUUUUUCCCCGGUGGGUUCGACGCUGCGAGUUCGGUCGCGCAAGUUCCCGGCGAUAAUCAAUUGCACGGCUAUCAACUGGUUCCACGAGUGGCCUCAGGAAGCCCUGAUUUCCGUGUCGAAGCAGUUUCUACAAGAACUAGACGAACUGCCCGAAGUUUAUCUCGGAUCGGUGGCCAAGUUCAUGGCGCACGUACACACCACCGUUAAUUUGGCGAGUCGGCAGUACUUGGCUAGUGAGCGUCGUUACAAUUACACGACGCCAAAAUCGUUUCUCGAACAAAUCAGUUUGUACUCGAAGCUCUUGAAAAGUAAAUCAAAACAGCUCAAGAGCCGCAUAGAGAGACUGGAAAAUGGCCUGGCCAAGUUGAAAUCGACUGCCAUUCAAGUCGACGGGUUGAAGGAAAAAUUGGCCGUUCAGGAAGUCGAGCUGCAGCAGAAAAAUGAGGCAGCCGACGCCCUCAUUGCUAUCGUCGGAGUUGAAACUGAAAAAGUGCAGAAGGAAAAGGCCCUCGCCGAUGAAGAAGAAUCGAAAGUAGCCAUCAUCGCUGAGGAAGUAUUGAAAAAACAGAAAGAUUGCGAGGCCGACUUGGUGAAAGCCGAGCCGGCCCUCUUAGCCGCGCAAGAGGCUUUGAACACGUUAAAUAAGGCUAAUUUGACGGAGUUGAAAUCUUUUGGAUCCCCUCCAGGCGUGGUGACGAACGUCACGGCAGCCGUCAUGGUCCUUUUGGCACCUAAUGGAAAAGUACCGAAAGACCGCAGUUGGAAAGCAGCAAAGAUAACCAUGGCAAAAGUGGAUGCGUUCCUGGAUUCGCUCAUAAAUUACGAUAAAGAAAACAUCCAUCCCGAAGUGAUAAAGUCCAUUCAACCGUACUUGAAGAAUUCCGAGUUCGAGCCCGAAUUUGUCAAGUCAAAGUCAGCAGCCGCGGCUGGUUUGUGCGCUUGGGUCAUAAACAUCAUAAAAUUUUAUGAAGUCUUUUGCGACGUCGAACCCAAGCGAAAGGCUUUGGCUCAAGCUAACGCUGAGCUCGCUGCGGCGCAAGAAAAAUUGAGUGUCAUCAAGCGUAAAGUUUGCUCCCUGGAGGAACAAUUGGCCAAGUUAACUGCGGAUUUCGAGCAGGCCACAUCGGAAAAGUUAAAGUGCCAACAAGAGGCUGACGCUACGAAUGCAACGAUUUCAUUGGCAAAUCGACUGGUCGGUGGAUUAGCUUCAGAGAACGUCCGAUGGGCGGACUCAGUGGCAAAUCUCAUGCAACAAGGCUCGACGUUACCAGGGGACGUUUUGUUGAUCACUGCGUUUAUAUCGUACGUGGGAUGUUUCACAAAAAAGUUUCGGCUGGACCUUUUGAGCAAACAGUGGUUACCAUUUUUGCGAAGCAUCGAACCCGCUUUGUCGAUAACCGAAGACCUCGACCCGCUCAGCUUGUUGACGGAUGAUACUCAAAUCGCCAAGUGGAACAACGAAGGUUUGCCCAAUGACAGGAUGUCAACGGAAAAUGCGACCAUACUAACGAAUUCGGAUCGAUGGCCACUGAUGAUAGAUCCACAACUCCAAGGAAUCAAGUGGAUAAAACAAAAAUACGGCGAAAACUUGCGGGUGAUUCGUCUAGGACAAAAAGGCUACUUGGAAGUGAUCGAGCAAUCUCUGGCUAUCGGAGCAACCGUACUCAUAGAAAACAUUGGCGAAUCCGUCGAUCCCGUUCUCGAUUCCUUGCUCGGGCGUAACUUGAUCAAGAAAGGCCGAGCCUUGAAAAUCGGCGACAAAGAAGUCGAAUACAAUCCCAAUUUUCACCUGAUUUUACACACGAAAUUGGCAAAUCCCCACUACAAGCCUGAAAUGCAAGCCCAGACGACCUUGAUUAACUUUACCGUGACCAGGGACGGUCUGGAAGACCAGCUUUUGGCAGAAGUGGUCAAAGCGGAACGACCCGACUUGGAGGAGCUCAAGGCCGAUUUAACCAGACAGCAGAAUGAUUUCAAAAUAACAUUGAACAGCCUCGAAGAUUCCCUUCUUUCCAAACUGUCUUCAGCGGGUAGCAACGUGUUGGGCGACACGGCGCUGGUGGAAAAUCUAGAAACGACGAAAAAAACAGCAGCCGAAAUAGAGCUGAAAGUGGUAGAGGCCAAGGAAACGUCGAAGGAAAUAGACGCGGCCCGCGAACUUUACAGGCCAGCUGCAGCACGGGCUUCUCUGCUUUACUUCAUUUUGAACGAUCUCAACACCAUCAAUCCGAUUUAUCAGUUUUCCUUGAAAGCGUUUAGCGUCGUUUUCCAGAAGGCCGUGCUGAAAGCCGAUUCGGCGCCCGAGGUCGCGGCUCGGAUCCUCAGUCUCAUCGAAUCGAUCACGUACUCUGUCUUCAUGUACACGUCGAGAGGCCUCUUCGAAUGCGACAAACUCAUCUUCGCGUCGCAAAUGACCUUCCAGAUUUUGUUGGCUCGCGAAGAGAUUUUGUCGGCAGAACUCGACUUUCUCUUGCGAUUCCCCAUCACACCUCAUGUCACCUCGCCAGUCGAUUUCCUGACCAAUUCGAGCUGGGGAGGAAUUCGCAGUCUAGCUUCCAGGGACGAGUUCCGGAAUUUGGAUCGGGACAUCGAGAGUUCCCAGAAGCGAUGGAAAAAGUUGGUGGAGUGCGAGUGCCCGGAGCGAGAAAAAUUCCCGCAAGAAUGGAAAAAUAAAACGGCCCUGCAAAGAUUAUGCAUGCUGAGGGCCUUGCGUCCCGACCGGAUGACUUACGCGAUUGCCGCCUUCAUAGAAGAAAAGUUGGGCCCGCGAUACAUCGAGGGAAGAACCGUCGAAUUCUCCAAGUCCUUUGAGGAAACAAGUCCCUCGACUCCAGUAUUUUUCAUUUUAUCUCCCGGAGUAAAUCCACUAAAAGAUGUCGAGGACUUGGGAAGACGACUCGGAUUUACCUCUGAUGCGCAAAAUUUCCACAACGUAUCCCUCGGCCAAGGACAAGAAAGUGUAGCCGAGUGUGCAAUGGACGAAGCUUCGCAGAAAGGCCAUUGGGUCGUUUUGCAAAACAUACAUUUGGUUAAAAAGUGGCUGCCCUUGUUGGAAAAAAAGUUGGAAGUAGCUGCCGAAGGCUCUCACCCAGAUUAUCGUGUAUUCAUGAGCGCCGAACCUGCAAGUACCCCAGCUGGUCACAUUAUCCCCCAGGGAAUUUUGGAGUCAUCGAUAAAAAUAACGAAUGAACCGCCUACGGGAAUGCAAGCGAAUUUACACAAGGCAUUGGACAACUUUACCCAAGAGACUUUGGAAAUGUGCACCAAAGAGGCAGAGUUCAAAGUCAUACUGUUUUCGUUGUGCUAUUUUCACGCAGUCGUAGCCGAACGAAGAAAGUUCGGGCCUCAAGGCUGGAAUAAAAUUUACCCAUUCAACGUCGGAGACUUGAACAUCAGUGUGAGUGUCUUGUACAAUUAUCUGGAGGCGAGCCCGAAAAUCCCUUGGGAGGAUCUCAGAUACCUUUUCGGAGAAAUAAUGUACGGUGGCCACAUAACCGACGACUGGGACAGGAAACUAUGCGUUUCUUACCUCGAAGAACUGAUGCAACCCGAUCUUGUGGACGGCGAACUAUUUCUCGCUCCAGGUUUUCCUGCGCCCCCAAACACCGACUUGGCUGGCUUUCAUGCGUACAUCGAUGAAGUAUUGCCUCCUGAAUCUCCUUACUUGUAUGGCUUGCACCCUAACGCAGAAAUAGGUUUCCUGACAACCACAUCGGAAAAUUUGUUUAGAACUGUUUUCGAAAUGCAGCCUCGAGACGCGGGAAGCUCGGGCGGACAAACCGUAACGAGAGAGGAAAAAGUGAAGCAAAUUUUGGACGAAAUUUUGGAAAAACUUCCCGACGAGUUCAACAUGGCGGAGAUCACGGGCAAAGUGGAGGAGAGAACCCCGUACGUGAUCGUAGCCUUCCAGGAAUGCGAGAGAAUGAACUAUCUGACCGGCGAAUUGAAGAGAUCCCUACGAGAGUUGGAUCUUGGACUGAAAGGGGAACUGACAAUCACGUCGGACAUGGAAAACUUGGAAACUGCCCUAUUUUUGGACCAAGUGCCUGCUUCAUGGGCACAAAGGGCGUAUCCAUCUCUGCUCGGGUUGAAUGCCUGGUUCGUCGACUUGUUGUUGAGGAUACGCGAGCUCGAAACUUGGUCAACGGAUUUUGUCUUGCCAUCAUCCGUGUGGUUGGCCGGUUUUUUCAAUCCACAGUCUCUACUGACGGCCAUAAUGCAGUCGACUGCGCGACGGCACGAGCUUCCUCUAGACAAAAUGUGUCUGCAGUGCGACGUCACGAAAAAGUCCAAAGAAGAGUUCACCUCAGCGCCGCGGGACGGAGCUUACGUUCACGGAAUUUUCAUGGAAGGGGCAAGAUGGGACGUUCAAGCGGGAAUCAUCGUCGAUUCCCGAUCAAAGGAACUGUUUCCCGCGAUGCCAGUCAUCAACAUCCGCGCCAUCACCCAAGACAAACAAGACCUUCGCAACAUGUACGAGUGCCCUGUCUACAAAACUCGCACGCGUGGUCCGACUUACGUCUGGACGUUCAACUUGAAAACCAAAGACAAGGCGGCCAAGUGGACCCUCGCUGGCGUUGCACUGUUACUUCAAACUUGA